AUUUUCCACUCGCUCGCCAAUACAACCUGGGUGUGGGACAUCAGUUCGAAAUGAACCAGACGAAAUCGAAACUCGAAAUUGUAUCGAUAACGUGAAACAUCGCUCGUAAAUGUAAACCGGCGUACAGGUAUACAUACACUCCGGCUCGGUCCAUUUUAUUUAAAGCAACAGCAUCAAAAGUGUUUAUGUUGAAUCGAGACUUCAAGAUUAUAUUUAAAGCCAUUUCCCAAGCGGAAUGGAAACACUGGUCGGUCGAGUUUCAGUUCGUUGAACGUUAGUGAAGUUUUUCGGUUAUGGAGUUGUACGAGAACAACAGGAGAGGAGCCGUCCCCAAGAAGAGGGAUGCUGUGACGGAGAGGCAGAUUACCACGACGCCUUACGUGGAGGUUUCCCCUGCGGAGGACUCGUUGCAGUACGCAAAGAAUGCAGAACACUCUUCACGUCGCUCUCUACACGAUGAGGUUCUUCGAAGUGCAUUAUCAAUCAAGCAAUCGCUGACGGUUCCAGUCGCACCCGGUAUGAGGCGACACAGUUGCAACGACACAGACGCCAUAUUGGACAGAGGCCCUUUUCCUCCAAGUCCAAGUAGAAGAAACUCACAGGUCAAAAGGACUCCCAGCGUGGUAUCAACGAGGAGUAGAAGGGGCUCUAAGUAUUAUUGCGGGGUUGAAAGGAGAGGGUCACAUUUAUCAGGAAUUAAAAAAGCCGACUACGCAUUGGUGGUCAAAGAAGGCUACUCGGCCACUGAGGACUACAGAAAAGAGAUGCGAAGAAGAAGAAUAGUGUGGCUCGUCAUCGGAAUGUUUUUCUUCAUAUUGGCUGUUAGUGUUUUAAUAGUUGUGAUAACUCUUACACAUCGUAUGGACGAGGGAAGAAGGUUCGCUAGAUAUAACUGCACUUGUUAAAAAUAUUAAUGCAGUGAAGUUAUGCACCGUCGUACAUAUUGCCUAGAGCUUCCAAACCGUGUCUGCAUUGGUAUAUUACAAACUGUACAGUGCUGCGCUAUUAAAAACCUUAUUGAAAAAACUACGAGAAUCAUGGCAAAAUAUACAAUGUGAAAUACUCACUGAUUACUGAAUCAAGUAUUUCACAACACUGUGCUACGAAAAAAAAAAGGACUAUGGUGUGCGAACCAAGCCAUGAACAUGCAUAACUGGACGUAUGUUACCAGAAAAUAGGUGUAGGUCAUUUGGUGAUGACGUAAAUAGAUAAAUGUGAAUACCUAAUUAUGAAAAGAUUUUAGAAAGUAUUAUAGAAGAUUAAAGUUGUUUCUUUUA